AUGUCCUCGAACCGGAAUAGCAGUGACUACGUAGGGGUGAGUCUCGUGUUGGUUUCAUCGCGUGUGCCACAUGCUGAUCUUCCUGCCAGGAGUCUUUUGACGAUGCCCCCCGAAGUGCCAGAGCAAUUGCAUGUCUCCAUACCCAAGUCGACUUCCACCCGAUCAUUGACCAACAGCCCCCCUGUUGGCACGGCGUCAACUCCCGACUCUGCAGAGAAACCUCCUUUCCCUUCUGAAUCGCAGGACGAGCAGAAGGACGAGGGGUUGGAUUCUGGAGAACCAAAAGCAAAGAAGAAGAACAAAAAGAAGAUUAAAAAGGCCGAGCAAAAUGAAGGAGACGGACGAACAGAAACAGAAAUGGACGGUCAAGGGGGAGCCGAGGAUGAGCCGAGCGAGCUCGACGUGAACCUUGGGACCGAACCCGUCGAAGAGCUAAAGGAUGAAGAGGAGCUGGAGCAACACACCGAGAAGCAUAUCGAGCAACCUGCAGAAGAAGACGAAGAAGGAGACGACACAAUCAUUGGAAGCUCCCGGCCGAACAAAUCACCCCUACUUACCAAAGAAGACCAGCCGAUGAAGGAUAUAGAAAAGUUGGAACCGCCUCCAUUGCCUCCCAAGGACGAGUCGGCAUCGAUUCCCUCGGCCCCGAAAGGCUUGUCAGGAACCUUGCCAUCCGUGCCCUGGGGAGCUCCCCCGCAAAAUAAAAAUCCUCCUCCUGCAGCACCACCACCCCCAACCCGAAAGCCUAGUGGCCCCUUUGCAUGGUUCUCCCGCAGCUCGACAGGUCCCAAGGAAUUGAAGUCCCCGCCUCCGCAACAGCCUGGAUACAGCCGCCGAAACACCGGCACUUCCGUGUCCACCAUUGGCAGCCACUUGGAUUUGGCCCCCCCGAUCCGAAGAUGGAGAUGCCGCCAGCUUCCAUUCAAGGAGACCGAGACGAACACAUUGGCGGCGAGAAUGAUCAGUCGAGUGUCCGAUCUGGCCGGGCUAGCGUCAGCCAGGGCGGCUCCAGCCCCCCCCAUCAUUCAUGAAGAAAGCGAGGAUGGUAUUCUCACUGUCCCAGCGCCCAUCCCUGGAGCAACCUCCCCUGCAAUCGCCACUGCGCCAUCAACGAUCAAUCCUAACCUUGCCCCGGGCACCGUGUCCGGGUUCUCCAGAUCAGCAACCGAUGCCUCCACACCCGUGGAUUGGGAUAUGUGGCAGCAACUCGUGAAUGAGGGACCACAGGCGUUGGUGAACUCGGAGGUAUUGAAUGCUGCUAUCAAGAGGGGUAUUCCGCAGACAAUUCGUGGAGUCAUUUGGCAAAUUCUCGCUGAAGGACAGACCGGUGAGUUGGAGGAUAUUUAUCGGGAUCUUGUCGCGCGUGGGACCGAGAAAGACCGUCGAUCGCCAAACCCCCAAGGCGGCGCUACACCCGAGAAGGGGUCUGUCUCCUCGUCUCGUUCGUCCAUUCAUUCCGAUCACUCGGGCUCUGGAACGCAGUCGACGAGUGUUGUUGUCAGCCCUUCCCAGGAUAUGGACCCCGAGAGACUGGCCAAGGAACAGACCGCCAGCGAAAAUGCUCGCUUGAAGAAGGCCAAGGAUGAGGCGGUCGCUUUGCAGAAGCUUGAGAAGACUAUCCGUCGAGAUUUAGGUGCCCGCACAAGCUAUUCAAAGUACUUCAUCUCUCAAGGCAGCCAGGAGAGUCUGUACGGACUGUGUAAGGCAUACGCCUUGUACGACGAGGCCGUCGGUUAUGCACAGGGUAUGAACUUUAUCGUUAUGCCUUUGUUAUUCAACAUGGACGAGGUUGAAGCCUUUGAGCUUCUCGUCAAGCUGAUGAACAAAUACGGCCUUCGGGAGCUGUUCAUCCAGGAUAUGCCCGGUCUUCACCGAGCUCUCUACCAGUUCGAGCGUCUCCUGGAAGACCUCGAGCCCGCCCUGUACUGCCACCUGCGCCGCCGCGGUGUCCCUCCUCAAUUAUACGCUACUCAGUGGUUCUUGACCCUGUUCGCUUACCGCUUCCCCCUACAACUUGUUCUGCGCAUUUAUGAUCUGAUCUUUGAGGAAGGCUUGGAAAGCACAAUUCUCAAGUUCGGCAUCGCCAUCAUGAGACGAAAUGUCGAUGCUCUGCUAGAAAUGAAGGACAUGAGCUCGCUUACGACCUUCCUGAAAGAGCGUCUUUUUGAUGCUUACAUCGACAAGCAGCCUUCGGCGUCGUCAAUUUUGGAGUCUGGCUUCUUUGGAAGUUCCGGCGCUGCUGAUAAAGAGAUUUAUCGGGCCGAUAUCCUUGUGCAGGAUGCUUGUGCCGUACCCCUCACCCAGGAUAUGAUCAAGACAUACACCUCUGAAUGGGAGGAGAAGACCCGCACAGAAAAAGAGCAAGAGGCUGAGCUGGAGUACCUUCGACACACUGUCGCCACGCAAUCUGCACGCGUGCGUCUGCUCGAGGAGCGCGCCGAAGCAUCCGACAAAGAACACGUGCAAUUGGCGUCGGAAUUGGUCCACGUUAAAGUAGAGAAUGAAGAACUGCGCGAUCUGAACGAUGCCCUCAAGCUGCAGGUCUCCGAGCUGAAAGUCAUUGUGGACAAGCAGCCCGGCGAAGUGGAGGAGAAGCUUCGCACAGAGAUGGACCGCAUCAUGAAGCGCAACAUCGAGGUACAGAACGAGAACCGCGCAAUUGAGGACCACAUGGCCGAGAUGGAGAAAGAACUCGUUGCCACCAAGAUGAAAUGGGCCGAGAUGUCUGAAAACCACGAAACCCUCCGCCAGAAGUGGAGUGACCUACGCCGCGCCCUCGACUAA